UCCCCCAUUUAGGUACCCGCCGUGGUUUCUACCCCAGCUGGCCGGGGGCAGUGCUGAGCCAGGGCAAUUGCCUGUCUAGACGGGGCUGCAGAAAGCUGCCGUUCAAGUCCGCUUCUGGUUACGGCUUCAGGAACCCACGCACCGCUAAGGGCCGAGAGUCGCCGAGUCCUUCUAGUCCCUGCAACUUCCUCCUCUGCCCCUGGUUCGUUUCCCCGCGCUACCUCCGGGCACCCCGACGCCCCAGACACUCCCAGACGCAAAACUAUGAGCCUUCCGCCACGGCUGUUGCGCUGGCCCCGCCAGCUGCGGGCGUCGGGACCCCCGCGUCGCCUGUGGUGGUGCCCGUCCCUCGGCACCAUCUCGGUGGGCUCCCGGCGUGGCCAGUCCUCCAAGUCCCCGGCCUACUGGAAUCAGGUGGUGUCAGAGGCGGAGAAGAUCGUGGGCUACCCCACGUCCUUCAUGAGCCUCCGCUGCCUCCUGAGCGACGAGCUCAGCAACAUCGCUAUGCAGGUGCGGAAGCUGGUGGGGACUCGGCACCCUCUGCUUACCACCGCCAGGGGACUUGUACAAGAUAGCCGGAAUAACCUCCAGUUGAGAGGCUUGGUGGUGCUACUUAUUUCUAAAGCAGCUGGGCCCAGCAGCAUGAAUGCUUCAUGUCAGAACUAUGACAUGGUCAGUGGGAUCUAUUCAUGUCAAAGAAGUUUGGCAGAGAUCACAGAACUUAUCCAUACUGCACUCCUUGUACAUCGUGGAAUAGUAAAUUUAAGUGAAUUGCAGUCUUCUGAUGGGCCACUGAAAGACAUGCAUUUUGGAAAUAAAAUUGCUAUCUUGAGUGGAGACUUUCUUCUAGCAAAUGCCUGCAAUGGACUAGCUCUGCUACAGAACACCAAGGUUGUGGAACUUUUAGCAAGUGCCCUUAGGGACUUGGUACAAGGAGUAUACCAUGAAAAUUCUACUUCAGCAAAGGAAGAUUAUAUCACAAAUGACAUUGGAAUAUCGACUUGGAAGGAGCAGACUUUUCUCUCCCAUGGUGCCUUAUUAGCAAAGAGCUGCCAAGCUGCAAUGGAAUUAGCAAAGCAUGAUGCUGAGGUUCAGGAUAUGGCAUUUCAGUAUGGGAAGCACAUGGCCAUGAGUCAUAAGAUAAAUUCUGAUCUCCAGCCUUUUAUUAAAGAAAAGACCAGUGACUCCACGACAUUUAACCUGAACUCAGCUCCUGUAGUCUUACAUCAGGAGAUUCUUGGAAGAGAUUUGUGGAUUAAACAGAUUGGCGAGGCUCAAGAGAAAGGAAGAUUAGACUAUGCUAAGUUGCGAGAAACAAUCAAAGCUGGCAAAGGUGUGACUUCAGCUAUUGACCUGUGUCGUUACCAUGGAAACAAGGCCCUGGCGGCCCUGGAGAGCUUUCCUCCCUCCGAGGCCAGAUCUGCUUUAGAAAACAUUGUGUUUGCUGUGACCAGAUUUUCGUGACACCAAAUUAAAAAGACACGAUUGUUCGUUAGCUGAAAAAACUGAGGAAUGAGGUGAUCCAGAGAGCUUUCAUAAUGAAAUAUCUCAAUUUGUUAAUGACUUUAAAAACAUACACAUUGUUUUUUCUUCCUUUUAUCACAUUGCUAAAUGAAUACUGCCAUCUUUUUGGAACUGCUACAAACAAAAUUAGAAGAAAAAAAGGUCAAGCCGUUUUCCUUUGUCACGCCAGAAGCACACUUGAGGCUGCAGUAGCAGAAAUAAUUAAUGAGAUUCGCUCCUGUGACCUCAGCAAAUGGACAGGAAAUAAGUCCUUAUUGAUUGGACCGAGCCAGGGAUGGCGCCAGGGCGGUGGCCUGUGGUUUUCCUUCUAAAGAGGACAGAGCAAGCUGGGCGCUUCGGGUGUCGAGGGACACGCUGACGGUGCCAGCCCCGGGGGGACUGUCGCUUCAAAGACCAGUGACCAGAGGGCAGUUCAGCGAUUAAGAAAAACUAUGCUUAUGUCUCUGUAUUUACAGACACAGUGUGAAUAUACUUUGCACUUCGUGGUUUUUGUAAGAUUUGGGGAAAAUUGUUGGGGGAAAAUGCCAAAUAGUUGAAUUAAGAGAUUAAAACGUUAUCAAAAGUUAA